AAUGGGAUUACAGUACCGGAUUGUGUGUGUGGGUGUGUGUGUGUGUGUGUGUGUGUGUGUGAGAGAGAGAGAGCGUGAGUGUGUGUGCAGCUGAGAGGGAGAGCAAGCCUGGACAAGCAGCAGCAGCUCUGCCUCUGUGUUUGUAUGUGUGUGUGAAGAAAAUGUAGGGCAGCCGCUUGUUCACCCUCCCUCUGCCAUCUCUCUCCCUAUCUUUUCCUCUGUCUGUCUUUGUUUCUGCGCUGUGCUGCCGUAGCUGCAGUCGCCACGGUGACGGCUGCCUCGGCUCCACUUCCGUAUUUGCAGAGGCUUGGCUCUCUCCCUCUCUCUCUCUCUCUCUUUCUCUUUCCUUGUCUCGGCUCACAUCGAGGAUUUACUGAGGGGGCAUGUAACCUCCCUGAGGAACCAUUGUCUGCGUGAGGGUGUGUGUGGGUGUAUGUGUGUGUGAUUGUGUGUGUGUGUGACAGAGAGGUGAGGUGACUUCAGGAUCCAGACAUGAAUUCCUGUUGGAAAAUGAAGAUCCAGAAUGAAAAGCCACUGGGUCAUUCUGCAAGCAGGUCCAGCAAUAUAUCAAAGGCGGGGAGUCCGACUUCUGUUAACGCUCCAUGCAGUUUCUCCAGGACGUCAGUUUCUCCCUCCAGCCAGGACAUCUGCAGGAUUUGUCACUGUGAAGGGGAUGACGAGAGUCCUCUGAUCACACCAUGCCACUGCACGGGGAGCCUGCGCUUCGUCCACCAGGCCUGUCUACAGCAAUGGAUCAAGAGCUCCGACACUCGCUGCUGUGAGCUCUGUAAAUAUGAGUUCAUCAUGGAGACCAAGCUCAAACCACUUCGUAAGUGGGAGAAGCUACAGAUGACGGCGAGCGAGAGAAGGAAGAUCAUGUGUUCGGUCACCUUCCAUGUCAUCGCCAUCACCUGCGUGGUGUGGUCGCUCUAUGUUCUCAUCGACAGAACGGCAGAGGAAAUCAAACAAGCCGGAAAAAUCCCAGGGAUCCUGGAAUGGCCUUUCUGGACCAAACUGGUGGUAGUGGCCAUCGGCUUCACGGGUGGACUGGUGUUCAUGUACGUCCAGUGCAAAGUCUACAUCCAUCUAUGGAGGAGACUCAAGGCUUACAACCGGGUCAUAUACGUCCAGAACCGGCCAGACACGUGUAAAAAGCUGGUGCUGGAGAAGCCACCUCUUAUGGAGCCGAGCCUGGAGAACAAGGAGGCUCUGGCCCCCACACAGUCAGACACAAACUCCUCCCAGUACACAGAGACAGAAGACUACAGUAUGGAGGUGCUUCAUGUCUGACCACUCGGUCCAUGCCAUUGGUUGUCCUACUCAAACCACACACACAAAAAACAUGCCCACAGUGACUGAGGAGCGACCAGACACUCCCCGUCCUCUGGUCCCAGACUGAUCCACUGUCUUCAUCUGGUCAUUUUAUGUUUCCAGAACUCCUUCCACAGAGACAGAUGGACCAUGACGAUCUUCUGCUAGCCACAUCUCUCCCAUCAGACCUUAUUCCUCCAUCCACCUGUACCCUUGCCUCUUUCUUUUUCCUGGACUGGACUGUUUUUACUGACUUCUGUAAAUGUCUGAAGAGGCCUGGAGCAUACUAAAUACACACACACACACACACACACACACACACACACACACAUUCACACACACUCACACACGCACACACUUACACACUUACACACUCUUGUAUGUACACCUCUGGGAGAGCAGGACUGAGAGAAAUAGACUCAUAAACGGCUCCGGAGGUUUACACAUCUCUGAUGCGUGGUUUGUUUGCUUGUGGGUUUGUUAGAUUUGCUCGUUUUUACCUCCUGUGAGUCUUGGGCUAACACCUCCGUGGAUCAGUAUGUAGCGCCGCGCAUCGGAUCUCGAUCUGGAACAUUCCAGCCACUGCCAUCUCUGUUGCUGUGGUCUGUCAAGUCUGCGCUGGUCUGGAUCGGACCAGGCCUUGAUCGGGACAUGCAUCGAAGCACUUUUGUUUUUUAGUUCCCUCUCCCUAGUUCCUCUUUUUUUUUUUCUUUAAUAUGAAUUGAAUUAAGUCUUAUAUGUUGCACAUGGAGGAGAGCACACUCAAACAAACUUGGAAAUGUUGAUUUCCUGUUUUAUUUGAUGUUGCAUUUCUUCAUACGCACAUAUACAUAUAUAUAUAUAUAUAUAAACCCUCCAAUGGAUGACAAAAAAAGGAAUUGGGGUUAAAAAAUGGAAUCAUGAAAGAGACAAUUGGGUGUUUAAGUCAAAACAGAAAAAAUGGGUUUUGACUAUGCCAUGUCUCUUAGCAGAUAGGGGAAAAUCCAGCCACAUGACUUCUCUACCCCAACAUGAACUUUCUGAAGGCUUUGAGAAUGUAAACUUUUUAAAAAAUGUUUAAAAAAAAAUAAAUAAAUAAAAGAUAAAAAAACAAGAUUUUUUUACUGGUCACAGGAAAUUGCAAGAAAAUUUCCAUGUCCGUAACGAGAGCCUUCGGGCAUAAACAUUGUCGUUCAUGUUUUUCUAUCAUGCGAAUGACACAGUAUUUACAGUGUGAUAUUCCAUGUGCAGUUUUUAAUAUGUUGAUUUGUUUGCUUAGUCAUGGGAUAUGCCUUGAGAAAUCUGCAGCUGCCUAUUUUCAGUCUGUCCUCCCAUCGCUUCCACUGUGCAGGCAGUGCAUUAAUUGAUCCCAAAUAAACAGUGUGGAUUUUUUAAAAAUCAGGCAGACUGCUCAAAAUAAUCUUUAGGCUAAUUUUUGCUCUGCACAUCAAAACCCGCAUAUUUACAAUCCACUUCUUUGGUUAUGUUAACACACUUUAAGCACAGAGGCUAAGGUGCUGAGCUUACUGAGCAUCUCAGAUGUGCAGAAAUCUCAGUUUCAGUGAAAGUGUCUUGUUUCUUCUUUCUAGAGUUUCUCACAGGGUGGAGGAUGUCUAUUUUGGUAUUAACCACAAGACAGCCAGCAUGUUCUAGCUCAUUUGAUAAAGUGUUUUUCCUCACAUCUGGCCUGAUGUGGUUCACAUGAGACAAAUUGUUCCACCAUUUUUAUAUCAACACAACAUUUUCACUGUAGGUCAUCACAUUCAUCAACAAACACAUUAUUUUGCAAUAAAAGAAAUGCAAUACGUUCAUAUGUUUGCUACCUGUGACAGAUACUUAGUAAGCGGCAUCACUCAUCGAUGAGCUGACUCUACUGCCACCUGCUGGUGUGAAGCUGAAGGUGCAGUCUGAGGCAGGCAGCAGCUGAUUUCUGAGGGCGACCUGUUUAUUGGGGCUUACAGUCAUUGUAAGUGCUUUUGUGUACGUGGGAGCACAGCGAUGCCAGGCUCAUGUUGAGCCUCACAGCCAUUCCAGCAACUCACACAUUUUUUUUAAAAAAAAAACCUGUCUUUGAUACCAGUAUACUGUCUGUGAACAACGAUGGUCCAACUACAUACCUGACAAUUACUGCUCAGCAGCAGCAAUAAAUGAAAUCAGCGCUUUGGUUUUUUUUGCAUACCGUACUUGUGUAUAUGCCCCAUGGUGACUUGAGAUCUGAAGUCUAAUAUAAUUUUAAUACGUAAUAUGAGCCAAGGGAGUUGUUGUGUGUCAAGUUGGAUUAAGACUUAGUUAUGAGAAGCGUCUCUGAAACUUCAAAAACCCACGAGGCUCAGUGCAAUUAGACAGAUAAAAAGUGCAAUUACCCUUUUGUUGUUAUUCUGUUCUAUAGUUAUGUACUGGUGUUUAAUGUCCAGGGUAUCCUCUGGGUAUAAAAAGAUUAUUUCUUCAUUUUGUGUUGUAUUUAUUUUUAAAAGAAAACAGAGUACAAUUUGUUCAUUGAAAAACCCCUUUCAUUAGUAAUUUUAUGCAACUUACACUUAGUCUUUUUUUUCCCAGGCAUAAAAACCAGAGAAUCACUUCCACUCUUUGUUUUGCACAGAUUUGUCAUUUAGAUAUUAGUAUUGUAAAAAGCUUAAUGUGAGUAUCUGCUCCUCCUCCUCGCUUUUUUAAAUUGCUUGUUGAAUUUUGUUUUAAAUAUGCAGAAUAUAGACAUUAACCACAGCAUUACAUGUUUUUCCACAUGAAAACAACAUGGAGUAUUCAGAUGCACAGUUUCCUUGUGAUGGAUUAAAGAUGUGCUGUGGAUUGUGCUCUUUGUUUUUUUUUUUUUUGUUUUUUUUACUUUCUACUCAUAGGAGCUGGCUCCUUUCAUGAAGUGUGAGACAGAGGUUUUGAUGUAGUCCUGAUGAAGAUUGAGGCCACUUUAGGAUGCUUUUACAAGCAGGCAUGUUUCUUUCUGAGCUUUUUUUCCCCCCUUUCUUUCUUUUCUUUCUCUAUCACCACUUCACAAUCCCACUGAGCAGGAUAUGUACUGAGAGGGAAAGGCACUUUCUCAGCCCAUUGAGUCUCGAUUUUUCUGUCUCUUACAUUUUAUCAUGUCUGGGAAUAGUGUAACUUGCAUAAAGCUACAUUUGUUUACUACUGACUGGACUUGAACAUAUAUGACUGUUCCCCUGUCUUAUGAUAUCAUUCCACAAGUUUGUCUGUGAAUUUUCUUUGGAAUAGUAACUGUAAAGAAUUUGGUAAAAGUACUUUUUAAGAAAAUAUUGAUGUGUUUUCAGUUUAAUUUCCCAUGUUUGAACAAAGUAUGUAGAAUUAAAAAGAUCAACCAAAUAAAAAUUAAGUUACUUUUAA